CUAAAAUCAUUUCUCUUCCCUUUAUUGAAUAUAUUGAAAUGUCAAUAAUUUUGUGCUCAGCAGUCAUCAACCAAAUGAACAGCUACUCCAGUUGUUGCAUCUCAGAAUAAGUGGUAUUCUGCGAUCAAAUAAGAAUUUCAAAUUAACCGCUUAUAAUGGAAAGUGAAAUAUCAGUGGGUGGAAAGGGCGGAAAUUUAGAUGUUGUUUUGGAGAUUCACUCUCCCAAACCAGAAGCUGAAAAUUCCAAAGACAAUGGCGAUUCCGAAUCCGAUAUUCAGAUGAAAAUGAACUUAUUCAACACCGCCGCCGCAGCUCCGGCUCCAGCUCCAGCGGCGGCUCAGCUGGUCAUCCCAGCUCCAUCUCCAGACUCGAAGGCGGACAUGCGCCGAAGACCGGUCACACAAUCGGCUUACUCGAAGCCGAAAUCACGAAUCGCCGAGCCGCCGUUCCCGAGCAGCUUGAAGCCAGCCGCCGCCAAUUCCUCUCCUUCGCCAAAGCCCACUCCAAAAACAUCCGCCCCCAUCACGCCGCGGACGCCCCUUAUGGCCUCGAUGGACGACGAUGAUGAUGACAUUGACAACAACGAUGACGACGUGUACAACACGGACAUCCUCAAGCCCCAGGCCGCAAAGCGGAGCAGGAAGUGGAGGGCCAUGCUCAUUCUAGAAUGGAUUGCAUUUGUGAGCAUCACAACUCUGUUAAUCCUGAGCAAAACGAUAAGUAAGCUCGACAACGAGGUCCAGAUAUGGAGCUUGCAGCUCUGGAAGUGGUGCGUCCUUGUGCUGGUGAUAUUCUGCGGCCAUCUCUUCACCGAGUGGGCGACCAACCUCCUCGUCUUCCUUAUCGAGCGGAACUUCCUCCUCAAGAAGAAGGUGCUCUACUUCCUCUUCGCCCUCAAGAAGAGCGUGCGCAUUGUCGUCUGGCUCGCCCUCAUCCUCGUGGCGUGGGUGCUUCUCAUCAACCGGGGGGUCAGGCGGACCAGAAGGGAAUCCGACAUCUUGAACAAGAUCACCAGAGGGAUUGUGUCCACUCUUGUGGGCGCAGUCAUGUGGAUGGUUAAGACAACGUUGGUUAAGAUAGUCGCUUCCAAUUUUCAUGUCAAGACCUACUUUGAUAGGAUUCAGGAGUCGAUUUUUCAUCAGUACAUACUUCAGGCGCUGUCGGGGAAUCCCGUCUGGGAUGGCGUGAGUGAGAGUUACAGGAGCAGCGGGCGGUUGAGUUUCAGGAAGGGGGUGCAGCAGAAAGGGGAGCAAGUGAUUAAUGUGGAUAAACUGUACAAGAUUAACAGGGAGAAGGUGUCUGCUUGGACUAUGGGAGGGCUGAUGAAUGUGAUAAGGAAUUCCGACUCGCUUACCAUGUCAGAGAUUCUCGAUGAGAGUGUCGAGGAAGGGGGAGGAGGCACGGUGAUGAUCACGACCGAGGUUGAGGCCAGGGCGGCUGCUAAUGCCAUAUUCAAGAGAGUGGCCAAGCAUGGACACAAAUUCAUUGAAGAAGACGACAUCCUUCGUUACAUGCCUAAGGAAGAAGUUGAUAACGUUUUCCCACUGUUCGAAGGGGCUGCAGAAUCAAGAAGGAUCAAGAAAUCGGCCUUUAGAAAUUGGGUGGUGAAGGCUCAUAAUGAGAGAAAAUGCCUAGCCGUGUCUCUGAAAGACUCGAAAACAGCAAUAGAGGAGCUAAACAAGAUCGCUUCAUGCUUUGUGCUGGUUGUGAUUGUUAUAGUCUGGAUUCUUCUGAUGGAGAUUGCAACGACCUCCAUUCUAGUCUUCAUCUCGUCUCAGCUGUUGCUCGUAGUGUUCAUGUUUGGAAACACGGCCAAAACAUUGUUCGAAGCCAUGAUCUUCGUGUUUGUGGUGCACCCCUUUGACGUUGGUGAUCGUUGUGUCAUUGAUGGCGUGCAGAUGUCUGUGGAUGAAAUGAAUAUCUUGACAACAAUUUUUCUCAAAGGCAACAAUGAAAAGGUGUACUAUCCUAAUGCAAUCUUGGCUACAAAAGCAAUCAGCAACUAUAACCGGAGCCCAGAGAUGAUGGGUGAUGCUGUCGAGUUUGCUGUCGAUUUCACCACUUCGGUUGAGAGCUUAGCAUCCUUGAGGGCUAAAAUUAAAGGAUAUUUGGAGAGUAAGCCUCAGCAGUGGAGCCCCCAUCACAGUAUGCAAGUGAAAGAGAUUGUGGAUGUGAACAAGAUGAUAAUUGCUCUGUAUGUAACUCAUACAAUAAAUUUCCAGAAUGUUGGAGAGGCGGGAAACCGGAGAUCGGAUCUUGUUGUCGAGCUUAAGAAGAUUCUGGAGGAGCUUGGCAUCAAAUACCGUCUUCUGCCUCAGGAAGUGCAGAUUAGCUAUGUUUAAUCAGCUAUUACUGCAAGGUGAUCCAUUUUUUGUAAGAGUUAGAGAUAGAGAGAAAUGAGUUAGGUUUAUUGUUCUGUGUAAAUGCAUCAACCACAUGUACUAUCAAGUUCAUAAUAUUAUUUAUGAAUUCUCAAGUUCAAAUGCAUUCAUGGCUCAUUCUCUUGAA